CUCCCCCCCUCCCCCCCUCCCCAUUGGCGACCCGGUCUCCUCUCGUUGCGCACGUCCACCUCCUUCGCCAGUCAUGGACCCCACCCUCAAGUCCGGCGAGCAGCUGCUCGUCCUUGGCCGCUAUGCGCGUUCCCUGCUGGCGGCCUUCCACCGGGCCCGCAUCCAGCUGAACCCCGAGUCGCCCCAGCGCCCGGCGGUCCUCAGUGACCCCGCUCUGCAGCCGCUCUUCCGGGCCAUGCUCCGGCGCUUCCCCUCCGAUGGUGGCCUCACCUCGACCCAGGGCGCUGACCGCUUCCAGAAGGUGUGCAAGGACAUCCUCGACGCCACGGGCCCCACCUACAACGCCUUCACCCGGCUCGUGGUCUUCCGUGACACCAUGUCCAACCUGCUGGGCGAGUUUUCCAAGCUCUCCUACUCGGCCCUCAAUGGUCCGGAUGUGGUCACCGCCCUCGUCAGCCUCAUGGCCGACUAUGUUCGGCUGCACCUCCUGCUGGCGCAGAUCCCGGACCGUCGGCUGAUUACCUUGAUCUAUGCCCGGGCCUUCCAGAUCACCCACCGGUCUGCCGAGCCGCAGUUCAACCGCGUGGCCGAGAUGGUCGGCUGUGACACGCCCGUUGCCCGUGUCCAGGCCGAUGCGCAGGUCCUGAGUGGCACCCUGGCCCUGGCCAUCAAGCAGUACUCCGAGGGCAUCUUCGACUGGCUGUCCCCGUCGGCCUUCCUUCGUUCGGAGGGUGUCUUCAACAUGAUCCACCACCCGGCGCACAUCAAGCGCCCGUCUGCCGAGGACGCGCGCCUGCGGACCCUCCGCAACUACCGCUUUGUGGCGGACAACGUUGCCUUUGCCAUGCUGCUCACUCCGUCGGAGCUGGUCGCCGAUCCGGCCCUCGGCGAGCUGCUCCGUUCGAUCCUCGAGCACAACAUCACCUUCGAGCUCUUCCGCUGCGAGAACAUCCAACUUGCCUCCGAAUAUGAGCCCAUCGUCCGGAAGAUGUCUUCCAGCAACCCGGCCAAGUCCGGCCUGAGCGACGCCAUCAGCUCGGCAACCCAGCUGUCCAGCAGCUUCGUCAACACGGCCACCAGCUUCCGCCGGGACCGGCGCGAGUUCCUGCGCACGGCCCUCAUCCAGACUUCCGGUCUGCUGGCCGACAAGCCGGGUCUCCUUGGGCCGAAGUUCUCCCAGGUGGUGUCGCUGCUGGGCCUGGCCCGGAAUGAGAUCCUCUGGUACAUGCGCCACUUGGACUUCCUGGCGCACAACAUCAAGAAGGGCAGCAAGACCGAGGACAUGACCGACACCAACAUCACCGAGAUCAUGAGUUACACCGAAGGCCUCCGGCGCUUUAUCCUGGACCACACGGACAUCGUGUGCUCCUACUACCGGGAGUAUCUGGCCGGGUACUUUGCGCACCGGCUCAAGGAGGUGGUUGCCGGGCUGACGGUUCCCCUGCCGUCGGUGGUGACCACGCAGCUGGGCAACUUCAAGACCACGCUGGCCAGCCUGGCCGGGCUUCAGGGGGAUGCCCUGGAGGCGGCCAUUGCCUCCAUGCAGAUGGAUUGGCUGCGCAUCCAGGUGUUCCUCUCGACCCCGGGGCAGUCGGCCAUCGUCUCCUCGCUGGAGGAGCUGGUUCGUCUGCUGGCCGACGUCAAUGCCCGCAUGCGGUAUGCCUCGCCGGCUGGGCUGGACAACUACCUGGGCUCGGUGUGCGGCCUGCACGAGCUCCUGCACCAGCAGCGUUCCCUCUGGGCCUCGCUGGAGAUUUGCACCCGUUCGGUGGCCCAGUCCCGCCAUGUGCGCGUGUAUGUGGACAUCAUUCGGACCUUCCCGCGGACCGUGGUCCCGGGCCCGGGGUCCCUGGCUGACACGGCCUGGAUUGGUGCUCGCACGGCCGAGCUCCUGGAGCGCGCCUACCACGAUGUGUCCUCCCGUAUCCAGAAUGCCCUGGAGAGUGUGCUGAACGGCCAUGUCCGCAUGGCGAUGCUGACCAUGCCCGAUCGUGCGGCGCGUGUGCUCAUUGCCAACACCGAGAAGAACCGCGACAGCAGCAAGGCCCCGGAGGAGCCCCUCCCGGGUGCCGAGUCUAACUUCCGCCUGGAGGGCGACCUGAAGCCCCUCCACUCCCGGCAGUAUGUGCUGCACCAUCUGUGCUCGGCGUACCGGGACUUCGAUGACAUCACCGUCCAUGAUGUGACCAUCUCCCCGCGGCAGUUCCUGGUGGACCUCUUCGGCCAGACCUUCCGCAACAAUGUGCACAACCUGGUGGCCAUCCCCCAGGUGACCGAUGAGUCGCUCAUCCCCCUGAUCAACCGGCCCUCGCUGUUGAUGACCCUUCUUGGGGCCAUCAUCGACGUGUUCCAGAGCCUGGAGCUGUAUUCCGGUGUGCCGGUGGGCAAGCUGCUGGAGGCCGAGCUCCUGGCUCAAACCGAUCCCGAGGUGUCUCGGCGCCUGGCGGAUGCCAUCCCCGGCGGGGAUUUCCGCAACCCCUUCGUCAGUGGCAAGUCCGCCUCGCAGAAGUUCCCCUCCGUCCUGGUGGGCAACGACACGUCUGCCAAGCAUCCGCUCCUGUUUACCUAUUCCACUUGGUAUGUGGAUGUGGUGCUUAAUCGCCUGCUCCCCUCCGGUGCCAUUUACUCCCCCUCGCGGCGGAUGUUCCUCUCGAAGCCCGGGGCCGGCAUUCGCCUGGAGCGCUACUUCGACUUCAACGAGCUCGUCUCCCUGUGCACCAUCAUCGGCGCUGGCGGUGUCAGCCACAUUGACCAGCGUCUCCUGCGGGUGGUGACCCAGCUGAGCCUCAGCAUCAAGGAGUACAUCUCGCGCAACCGCGACCCGCUGGAGCAGAUCGCCAACUGGACCAACGUCGUGUCCCUGGCCGAGGCCACCCGGUCCUUCAAGAACCUGGACGAUAUCGCUGCCCGGGUGAUGCAGAUCGGCACCAUCCUGGCCUUCCGCCAGCUGCUGCUGCGUGCUCUGCGCACUUCGCUGGCGCGUGAUGCGCCGCAUCUCUUCUCCUGUGUUCGCGAGGCCCACAGCCAGUACCCGGCCAACCUCUUCGGCAUUCAGGGCUACCUGGCCAUUGAUAUUCUGGCCAACGCCAUGGGCAUCGUUGACAAUGUGGACAUCCCCCUGCGCAAUGCGCUGGACGGUCUGACUCGCGACCAUGCCCUCGACCAUUCCAUCUGGUCGCAACUGCCCAACCUCUUUGUUGCCCUGCUCCCCCUGUUCGCGGCGACUGCCUCGCUGUCGACCAGUGGUGCCGGUGCCUCGGCCGCCAGCAGCUCUUCCAGCGACCUGGGCGUGACUUCCUUCAACCCGUCGCUCAAUGCCUUCGACAACAAUGCCGGCUACCUGCCGCUGGUCCUGGCCAAGCUGCUGACGGCCACCGUGUCGCAGACUUCGGCCUCGGUGGCUGACCGUGAGACCGCCAUUGCCCGGUCGCACCUGGCCUUCGUGGAGACCUCGGCCGCGCUGCUGAUGCACCUGGCCUCGGGGGCCGGCUCGCGGACUCUCAUCUCCAGCCCGGAGGACCUGAACGUGCAUGGCCAGCAGAUUCCUGUGACCACUGGCUCCGGGGCCCCGUCCAAGACCGCGCGCGAGAUCGAUGUCAUGUACAUCCUCAUCAGCCAGUUCGCCCAGCUGUCGACCUAUGUCCCGGCGGAUUAUGUCGACGAGCAUAUCCCCUACGCGCUGGUGUCUUCGUCGGUGACCGAGUGCACGCGCCGCCAGCAGCGUCUCCUCCAGCAGUCUGUUGCUGGUGUGGGUGCCGGCAAGCGCGCCAUCCGUGUUGGCGAGGAGGAGGUCUAAUGGUGCUUGUGCAUCAUAUCCUUCUCUUCCUCUUCUCGCCCUCUUCUCGCCCUCUUCUCGCCCUCUUCUCGCCCUCU